UGGGCGGGUGCGGAGGAUGGGUAGGCGCUAACGUGCAGUAUGGCGGACGAUGGGGAUGGAAGGAGUGGAGUAGGUGACGCUAGUAACGGGCAGGGGACAACAGAGGAACCUGAAUCGGGUCUCGGUCCAAGCGGGAUGUUGCUGAAUCUCAGUGUUUUAAUCCUAGUGCUGGCUCUCUGCUAUGGGAUUUACCGGCGAUGGGGAAGACGGAUCGGUGCGGACGCGGCCCAGGGAAGCGAGGCCUCGUCCCUGCCUAAGAUGAGAAGACGUGAUUUCACUUUAGAGCAACUGGGGGAAUACGAUGGUGUUCAAAACCCCCGGAUCUUGAUGGCUGUUAAUAUGAAAGUCUUCGAUGUGACCAGUGGCAAAAAGUUUUAUGGACGCGAUGGACCGUAUGGGAUUUUUGCUGGCAGGGAUGCAUCGAGGGGCCUGGCGACCUUCUGCCUGGAAAAAGACGCACUACGAGACGAGUACGACGACCUGUCGGAUCUGAACGCUGUACAGAUGGAGAGCGUGCGAGAAUGGGACAUGCAGUUCAUGGAAAAAUACGACUACGUGGGCAGGCUGCUGAAGCCAGGGGACGAGCCCUCUGAGUACACUGACGAGGAGGACGUCAAGGAUCACGUGAAGCAGGACUGAACUGAUCACAUGACCAAAGCUCGGACCUGAGACCGCUGCAACCAAUCAGCACCCCUCAACCCUGCCCAGAUCUUACUUCCUCCCUCCCUCUCUCCCCCCUCCCUCACCCACCCACCCCCUCCAUCUGGUACUGCAGCUGCCCCAAACUGCCCAGACACCCCCUCCCGCCCCCUCCCACACUGGGCACGGUGGGGCAAAAGCAGCAGGAACUCUGUGGAUUUUAAUAAUUCAACAAUGUCUGGUUUUUGUGCUGCCAACUUAAGUAUAAAUAUGUAUUUUUUUCUGUUUCGUUUUUGUUUUUUCCUCUUUAAAAUAUCAAGCAUCACUGUCACACUAUGUUCCUAAAACAUUCUGGGUGUGUAACGGGCAGUUGGGCAGGUGGGCAGCCCCAAAUGUGGAAGUUUGUAAAGAGGGAGAGUGCUUUGGGCAAAGAGCGUUUUUUUUUCUCCAUUGUUCUUGUCGUGCACUUGGCGUAUGUUUGGCUUCAGCAUUUGAUUUCGCAAUCUUACGGAGCAUUAAUGAGACUGGUUGGGGAAAAAUAAAAAUAAUAAAAUAUAUUACACAAGACUUAAAAAAAAAAAAAAACCUGAUGAUUUUGUGGUUGAGGGCAAGGUCUGGACCAUCCAAUAAGGAAGUCUGCCAUUGGUUAUAUUUUCCCAUUGUGUUAGUAUUGUGUGCACUACUGGUGUUUCAGUUCGUUACCAUGUGAUUGUACCCCUGCAGGUAACUGCUGCUCUUAAUCACUAAAGCUGAACUGGCUAUUGGGGGAAAAAGGGAAUGUCCAAGAGUUGAGCCCCUAGUGAAGAGGUAUUGGUUUAAUUGACCGACUGUUUACAUGCCACAGAAGUCUGUAAUGCCCAAGUUUAGUCCGGAUAUUAAUCGUGCCUUAUUUCAGCUGUUUCUACGACACCCUGAACAAUUUAAAAUGAAGAAUAAAAAAAUUGGAAAAAAAACAAUUCCCCUGUGUUCAACACAGUUGGUUUGUAGAGAUCAAAAGCUAAGGAGGAGAACUCACUCAAUAUUAUAGCUCAACUUCUCCUUUAUUUAAUCUGUGCGUUCGUCAUGGUUUCAGCUGCAGUGCAGUGGUUAGAACCGUAGAACAGUCUUUAGAACCGUACUGCAUCAGUCUUUAGACCAAUACAAACAGUCUUUAGAACGACCCAUAGAGCUGUCUUUAGAACCGUACUGCAGGCUUUAGAACUGUACCACAAUCAUUAGACCAACACAACAGUCUUUAGAACUGUACCACUGGCUUUAGAACCUUGCCAGUCUGUAGACCCAUACCAGAGUCGUUAGAACUGUACCACAGGCUUUAGAACCGUACCACCGCCUUUAGAACCUUGCUAGUUUUAGAAUGGGCAUCAGCUCUGCGGUGUGGUCAAAACUCUAAUCAACACACGGCUUAAAUAAACGGGACAUUUGCCGUGUGAAAACACGCAAGCGUUCUCCGGUUUUCCCGUCACGGAGCUCGGCACCUUACGGAAGCUUGGGAAGCUUGAGCGCGUCAUCGUUUACUUCGGUGUUGUAAAGAGAAAUUUCCGGAUCGAGGCAGACUGAAGGCAUGUCCUUGUUGGUCUACACAUGCAGACAUGGAGACUUUCCAAUGUCCCAACCUUGUACAUAGACUUUACAAACUAUACUCAGUGUUACUGCCAUAUUUAUGUAGUUGAUGAAAACCAUAUACUACUGUGUUGUAUUGGCCAAAUGCCCCAUGCUUUGUAUUGGUUUCUUUCUUAUAGAGUUUUGUUUUUCCGUAGAAGUUCUUAAGUGUGGGGGAUUUCAGAAAAACGUGUAACGUGGUGGGUAGCAGAAAACCUGGGAUAAGCAGACCGUGUAAAUAUAUGUAUCAUUUUAUUAAAGCAUGUGCAACAAAAGUGAGCUAUGCUGAAUUCCACCUUUAUGUAUUUAAGUGUGCAUGGGCGAGCGUGUGCGUGUGUGUGUCGAGUGCGUGUGUGUGCGUGAGAGACAGGAAGGAACGUGUUUCUGCAUAAUAAACAAUUUGGUUAUGA